AUGGACAGUCAUGAAGAACGGAUCCAUGAAAUUAUCGAGCGAAACAAGGAACUAGAAGCUAAAGAAGAAUUGAAACGCCGUGCUCGUCAGCUCGAAAUGCAGCGCCGUGAUGCUUCGAGACGUUCUAAUGCAGGUUUUGGUAGCGAUGUUGGUUCGGUUUCUCGCACGUAUGACGCGACACCAACAGCCCCUGUUUAUGGCAUGCAGGAUUCUAUGGCACAAACAACUGCGCAGACAACGCCUCUAAAAGGGAAAGGCAUGCAGCUCGGGAAAAAACCGAAAGGGUCCGCGAUACUGGGCUCGGUGCAAAAAAGCGCACCAGGCUCUGCAUCUAUUACGCACAAGCCUGCUGUCGCACCAGCUCAAGGAGCCGCUUCGAAGGCUCGUGCUGCAGCUCGGCCUUCACAUGUCUCAAAGCCCCCUUCUAGACCUACCAACAAGCCUGCUCCCGCGCCUGCUCAAGUGUCUAUCCCACAAUCAGGAAGUGGUCGACCGGUAGGUGGAUCACAGACACUUUUUUCAGCUCCAGCCACUGAAAAAAAAGCAGAAUCACCUGUUCAAAAGCAAGAAUCUGGAGUUACCGAAGCCGCUUUGAUUGACUCUGUCGAGGAUGUCCCGCAUGAAUCAACAGUGAAGCUUCCUAAUCUAAUGGACCAACCUGUCACCGAAGAAUCUGCGAUGCAAGAAACGUUAGUUGCACAAGAUGCUCCCAACCAAGAGAGCAAGUCAGUCGUAACACAUUCAACGUGGGAAAUGGCGACCCAUGACCCCGAACAACUCGGCACAUCCAAUACUGAAUUCAAAGAGCAAGACAGCCACGAACACCGCACUUAUAGUGACUUUCAUCAAGAGCCAAGCGUGAAUAAUCGUGAGGACGAGUAUGGCGUCACUGAGCAAACAUUUGAUCCAGAGCGUGUGCAAGGCUUCGAGGAUCCACUAUCUGAGCAACCUGCUCGAGUAGAAGAUGCGUACCUCCAAGAAGACUCUUACCAGCCGCAAAAAAAUUCCAAUUCCCAGUACGCAUUUCAGCCUGUAGAAGCGCCUCACCCUGAACAAGAUUAUCCUCCAGAGCAGCAUUACUACCCAGAAGAGGCCUAUGAACAAGAAGACUAUAACCCUGAAGAAGCGCACCAAGCUGGACAUGAUUUAAACCUUGAACAGGGCCACAGUGCGGAAGACACGUUUGGUUUUGAAGAACUUCAUCAGCCAAAGGAAACGUUGGGUUCGGAAGAAGAAUUUCAGCCUGAGGAUGCACACCAAUAUGAAGACAUUCAUCAACCCACGGAGACAUCGCAGCCCAACAACCUGUACCCACACGAAGAGACACAGCCAGCGGAAGAACCUUGCGAGCCAGGCGUCCAGAUGAAAUCUGAACCAGCUGAGCAGAGUGUAUCUGUUGCUUCUGCCCAGCACGAUCAACCUCAGCUGGUUACUAUGGCAUCUUCUAUCCCGGAUUCAUCGAAUGAGCCUGCACCAGCUCAGCCUUUGGAUGCGAUGCCGGCUGAAAAACAUGCGGUAGAAAACGUGCACCUGACGGUGAAAGAACGUGUAUCUGUCACAGGGAACCGCGAUGGUGGGCUUGAAUCUCUUGAAAUCAAGGGCGAUUUAUUGUUGAAAAUCACAGAUCCAUCUGCUACACGUCUUAGCAUCCUCAUGAAUGCCAGUGAGCAAUUUGGUGGAACCGAAGUACAAUACCGCACUCACCCUCACGUUGACAAGCAGCCUUGGUCGGCAGAACGGAAGAUUGCUCUUCGUGAUCCGAAGCGUGAGUUUCCAUUGAACCAGCAAGUUGGGGUGCUUCGCUGGAGGUGUGUCACGAAAGAUGAAUCUGCUCUCCCAUUGUCGAUCGCUGUAUGGGUCAGUCCGUCGGGUGAUGGCGCAUGUGAUGUCAAUAUUGAAUACCAGCUGGAAAAUUCGUCUCUCGAGCUGACGGAUGUGGUGAUUGCUGUUCCAGUGCCUUCUGGUACACAACCUGAUAUUUCUGAGCCAGAAGUUGGUUCUUGUGAAAUCGAUUCGUCUAACAAUAUGGUCGUUUGGCGCACCGCCGCCAUCUCGAAUGCCAACGCGUCCGCAAGUCUCGAGUUCUCUGUCUCAAGCGGCGUAGAUUCGGUGGACGUCUUUUUCCCUGUUUCUGUCGAUUUUUCUGCUCACAGUGCGCUACUCCCGUUGGAAGUACUGAAUGUGCUCGAUGCACCAACCGGUACACCUCGGCACUUUUCGCAUGAGGCAGUGCUGGUGGCCGACAACUACUUGAUUCAUUAG